UCAGUGACAAGAAAUCAGUAUUCAGGUUAUAAUUUACGUCGGGUCUUUGUAAAUUAUUACUUGACAUUUAUAAGCUCUCGUGAGCUCCAAAUUUUCAAAGCCCCAUUCUAAAUCUAAAUCGUUCGAAACCCCUUGUUUACCGUCCUCGAUCAUUGUUGACUAACCUCUCCGGAAAUUGAGUAAUUGUUGGAGGUGAAUACGAAGGGAUUUACGUGGCACCCUAAUUGUUUAAUAAUUUCACCGCUCGCGGAAAACAAUUUCCUAAUACUUUUCUUCUUUGGAGUGCUGAGGAGAAAUGGCGUUCGAGGGAAAGUAUAACACUAAAAGUCCAGCGGUGAAGAGGCUCAUGAGAGAAGCCCAGGAGCUGCGGGAGGCUACAGAAGAGUACUGCGCUGUUCCCCUCGAGGACAAUCUCUUCGAUUGGCAUUUCACCGUGAGGGGACCACCCUCUUCACCGUUCGAGGGAGGUGUCUAUCACGGGAGGAUUCUUCUGCCUCCUGAAUAUCCGAUGAAACCACCCAACAUCAUUCUACUGACGCCAAAUGGAAGAUUCGAGGUAAACAAAAAAAUCUGCUUGAGUAUAUCAGGCCAUCACCCUGAAACCUGGCAGCCUUCUUGGAGCAUCAGAACAGCUCUCCUAGCUCUGAUUGCCUUCAUGCCCACACCCGGCAACGAUACGAUUGGUGCACUUGAUUACACUGUCGAGGAGCGACAAACGCUUGCAAAAAAAUCCCAGACUUGGCAGUGCGAGAACUGCGGAAAGAUUGUUGACUUGCUAUCCAAGGACGGAAAAUCAAAACCAAUUACUCGAGAGGAGGGACACAUAUUGGGAUCGAUAACGCUGAAGGCCGAGGAGGCACCACCGACCCCCACAACAUCAGAAGUUCCUUCCCCAAGCGCCCGAUUUCAACAGGUGUUGAGGCAAAGAUUGAUCGAGAGACAACGGGUCCACAGCAAUUUCGUACAACGAACGUCAAACAGCAAUUCCCUCUCCUCCUCGAAUAAUCUGUUCUGGACAAUUUUAAUAACCUCUCUGGUAUCAGCGAUAAUACUUCUGGUUCUACGGAGGCUUUUUUUUGUUUAAAUCCUACAUUUGCAUCCGCUGGCUGUGAUGGUAAAAGCCCCCAGAAAUACACAAUUGAAAAGAUCAAUUCUUGAGAUGGGAUACAUUUAUACUGACUCGAUUGUACCCAAAAUAUUGUAGAGCCUGGAUUUUUAUUGAUCAUGGUAGGAAAUAAUUAUAAAACUGAGAAAAAAUAUGAGAAGAAAUUGUCUUUUUUAUUCGGUGAAUAUGUCUGGAAUUAUGGGGUUUAAGGAGAAAAAUUAUAAGGGCCUCUCUUAGAGGACGAAAUUUAGCAUUAAAAA